AUGGGGGAUUACACCUACGAGCAGCCGUUUUACCUGUUGGCCUUCAUAAUAAGAGGAGUCCGUAUAGACUCGGAGGUUGCUUCUGAAGUGCCUGACAAUGACCUAGUGAUCCACACCUCCAGUAACGUUUUUGCAGUUUUGGCCUUGGGUCAGGAUAUCGGGGGUCAGGGCAACCAGGGGUCGGAAGGUCAGGGUUGGGGUCCUAGCCCUGGUGACGAGCUGCCCCCGGCCCUGCCUGUCCUGCAGCUGGCGGUGGCGGUCAAGUGUCUGCGGCCCGACGUGUCGAGCGAGGCGGAGGCAACGUCCGACUUCCUCCAGGAGGUGAACGCCAUGUAUGCCCUCAAUCACCCGCAUCUCAUACACCUGUACGGGGUCAUCCUUAACCACCCCAUGAAGAUGGUGACAGAGUUGGCGGCUCUGGGCUCGCUGUACGACCACCUGCGCUGCGUUACCGGUGCCGCCGGUGCAGCCGGGGCCGGGAGGCCGGGCGUGCCGCUGGCGCUGCUGUGGCGCUACGCCGUGCAGGUGGGCGAGGGCAUGGCCUACCUGGAGGCCCAGCGCUUCAUCCACCGCGACCUGGCCGCCCGCAACAUCCUGCUCGCCGCCCUGGACACGGUCAAGAUCGCCGACUUCGGCCUGACGCGGUCACUCGCCCACGCUGACCACUACGUGAUGCAGGCUCGGCGCAAGAUUCCCUUCGCAUGGUGUGCUCCCGAGAGCCUGAAGUCGGGAACGUUCUCGCACGCAUCUGACGUGUGGAUGUACGGUGUGGUGCUGUGGGAACUCUUCACCUACUGCGAGGAGCCCUGGAUGGGCAUGUACGGCCGCGAGAUUCUACACCUGAUCGACCGAGAGGGGAAGAGGUUGGAGCAACCGGCCGACUGCCCGGCAAAUAUUUACAACCUGGCGCUGAUGUGCUGGGCAGCUGCUGCUGACAACAGGCCAACCUUCGCCUCACUCCGACCCCUGCUCAAAGAGGCCCGCCCGGUGGAUGUCAAGUGCGUGCAGGACUUUAAUGAGCCGGGAAAACUGAAGAUGCAGAUCAACAACAUCAUCACCCUCAUCGACGGCCGCCCGGAGCUGGUACUGUGGCGAGGACAGAACAGGAAGACUCUACAGGUGGGCCUGUUCCCGCAGACACACGUGGCGCCCACCCCAUCCACCGCCAACACCAGCCGGCCCAGUCCCCUGAUCACCCACCCGCUCAGGGGCAGCUUCGUCCACUUGGGCCACGGGGACUCUGACCCGCGCCGAUCCUGGGGCUUCGACAAGAUGAACGAGAAACCCGGCAGCUAUCCGUGCGACAUCAGGAACCCUAUCCAGCUUAUCAAGAUGGCCGGCCUCUCCCGAAGCCUCGACUCCAACCUCGAUACCGUUGAACGUGCGUCCGAACCCACGCACGGUCUGGACCGGAGCGGGAAGUCGGCGUGCAAAGACCGGUUGCGGCCAACCAGCGGCAUGGCGGUGGGCAUGGCAGGGCCCUCGGGCGGCGCCCGUCACCAGGGCGGGGAGAAGGCCCGGCGUGGGCCCCUCGCGGGGACCGGCGCUGGGCGGCAGAGGCGGAGGACGUAGUGCCCGCCGUGGCCAAGAUGCGGCUGAAGACCACCCAGCCCCGGCCCAACUGCUGGUCACUGGCCUGGCCCCAGGAGCAGGAGCAGGGGGUGCAGGGGCAGCAGCAAGCCCCCAGGGGCCCCAGGCCGGCCGAGCCGCAAGGUAGACCCCGAGGCACCCGGGGCAAUUAUCUGGGCAAGAGCGCACCCGAGGAUUUGCCGCCCGCCGACCCCCUUUGCCGUCAGGAGAGCCUGCAGAGCAAAAUUAC